AUGCACUUCGGCGGGGCGAUGGCCGACGGGUGCAGCGGCACCGGGGCGUGGGUGGUCAACACCCUCCUCAACGCCGCCCUGCUCUGGGUGUUCCUGCACUGCUACGGCACGCGCGGCGUCUGCGACGACGACGCCGUAGCCGCCGCCGUCGCCACGGGCACCUACUCUAGUACAAACAAUUCAUUGGUACUGGCAUCCGCAUCGGCAUUCGGCAUCUGGCAUCCCAAUGAGAUGAGAUGA